AUGGCUCCCAAGGCCGCCGCCGCUACCACCACUGCCGCUGCUCCCAAGAGCAAGCCCAGCCAUGGCACCUACCAGGACAUGAUCACCGACGCCAUCGUCGCGCUCAAGGACCGCAAUGGUUCCAGCCGACAGAAGCUCAAGCAGUAUGUUCGCCAGAACAACAACAUCGCCAUCUCCCAGAACAUGUUCGACUCUCUCUUCAACAAGGCCCUGAAGGCUGGUGUUGAGAAGGGUGUCUUCCAGCAGCCCAAGGGUCCCUCCGGUGGCACCAAGCUCGCCAAGAAGACCGCUAAGCCCGCUCCCAAGGAGAAGAAGGCCCCUGCCCCCAAGAAGGCCGCCGCUCCUAAGAAGGAGGGUGCCGCUAAGAAGGAGGCUGCCCCCAAGAAGGCUGCCGCUCCCAAGAAGGAGGCUGCUGCCAAGAAGGAGGCCGCUCCCAAGAAGGCUGCUGCCCCUAAGAAGGAGACUGCCGCUAAGAAGGAGGCCGCCCCCAAGAAGGCUGCUCCCAAGAAGGCUGCCGCCGAGAAGCCCGCCGCCGCCGACAAGGUCAAGACUGGUCGCGUCACCAAGAAGCCCGCUGCUCCCAAGAAGGCGGCGGCGCCCAAGGCUGCUACCGCUAAGGCGCCCGCCAAGGCCGCGCCGAAGAAGGCCGCCGCUGCCCCCAAGGCGUCCUAA